GAGAGUUUGUACUGUUUAAUUUCGUCAACCUCAAAGCCAAAGUGGCAGAAUUACAAACAGCUUGACACGCUGUUCUCAUAACAGAGCGUAAAACAUGUCGUUUGUGAGAGUGGGGCGUCCACAACAACACAGCAAAGGAAAAAGGCCUGUUCGUCCCAAGAAGGCAGCAGCUCCCCAAAGAGAGUGGGUGAGCACUGUCAAUGACCUGUCUGUGCACAAGCUGACACCUGCAGAGCUGAGUCAUCGGCAUGAGAUUCACAAGUCCCACAACAAGGUUGCGGCUCAGUGGGAGCUGAGAGAGAAAGCUCUAAAACGCCGUCUCAGACAUGGUGGGAGUCCUGCACCUCUGGACCAGGCCAGCCUCAGCAUCAUCAGGGAGGUUUUCUCUGACCAGCUGCUGCUGCAGGAUGUGCUGGCCCGCUCUGACAGAGCCAUGGCUGUGGUCAAGGACCUGUUUGGAGAUGCCCCACGCAGGCAGACUGGUCAUCCCAGUGUGACCAUGGCUCCAAACUGUGACUCAGACUCAGAAAUGCCUGUUCUUCAGAGACCAGAUCCUCCGACUCAGCUGUCACUGCUCAGCCAGUCUAUGAUGGACCAGCAGGCUCUUAAUGAACUAGAAGCUUCAGAGGAAGACCACAGUGACGAAGAUGCCUAUUCUGGCAGUUCAGAAUAUCAUGUAAUCCGAAGGGCCAAUGUACGAAAAAUGAAGGCACUGUCUCGGGGUAGAGUGAAACAGCAGCAGAAAAUCCAUCGUCCCAUCUCUGAGCAGGGAAACAGAGUUAGUGUUCCUUCAACCCCCUGCACAUCAGGCAGAGCACCAGACCAAAGAGCUCUCAAUGCCACAGUGGCUGUUCAGCGUGUUCGGACCAGACAGAGCCAGUCAGAGGAAGCAAAGGAGGAACCAUCUGUCCUGGUUACUCAGGUCCUGAACCCUGACAAGCCUCACAUCCAGUCAGGAAGGAUCAGCAGUCAAACCAGCAGGACUAGGAAGUGUACUUCUCAGAGUUCAGUGCUGGAUGGCUCCUGUGUUUCCUCUCUCAGUGGGGACCAGUCUAGUCUGAGCCUGCUGCAGGCCAUGUUGGGUCAGGUGGAGGCAGACUUGGAUACUCUGAGUCCUGACACAGUACCAGGGUCAGCACAGAGUCCAAAACAGCACAGAACACAAGGCCUCACUGGAUUCUCUGUCGCACUGGUCUCCAUGCUCGGACGUUUAGUGCACCUCCUCAAAAAGACUGAGGAUGAAGUUCAGAAAGAAGCUCAGGAGAGGAGAAGACUGGAGGAGGAGCUGAGAGAGCAACGGGGGCUGAUUGAUGCUCUCACUGCAGAGACCUUGACUUUGAAAGAGGAGGCUGCUGCCCUGCAGGCAGGGUUGCAGCAGCGAACCGCAGAGCUGGAGCAGAAGGUGGAUGCAGUGGUGUUGGUGAUUGGGGGACUUGGACUACUGGAAGCAAACACAGACCCACCCCAAGACUCUGAUGUCAAAGCUGCAGGUUCAUAUAGUGUGUUUUGUCAGUCUGCACCUGUUCCUGAGCGAAGACGAGCUUCUGUUUCUCCUGCCGUGCUGCUCUCCCCGCCCCGACAGAGAGACAACUGGGAACAUAUUCCUGUGACUCAUCCUGUACCGUUGCACCAGCAGCUUCCUUCUGUAGAUAACCUCCGUUCCUGUGAGGACAUCCAAGCCCAGACUUCAGCCUGUAGCUUCACCAGCCUCCCUCUCACCAGCCUUCCCUCCACCUCCUCACUAUCUCAGACGUUUGACCCUCUCACCUCACAGCUCCAUCCAGUGGCCAUGCUGGCUGAGAUCUCUCAGCUGAGCAGACAGAACGACCUGAUCAGGGCCCAGCUUAGCCAGGCUAAGAGCCCCGGGUCAGGGGUCGGAGGAUCGCCUAACAGUAGCAGCACUGGAAGAAUUACACCUCGGAGUAUUGGAGAGAGGAGGACAUCGGGGUCCAGCAGCACAGGGAGACAGAGCCCGAACAUCCAGGUCACUGACAGUGUGACUCAUCAGGCAACAUCUCCCAACACUUUCAGUGUGAACAAAGUGGAACAGCGCCUCCUAGAGCUAAACAGGCAGAGUGCAGCAGCCAGGGGUCGACUGCUGGAGCUUAUCGAGCAACAGAAACAGUCUAUUUCCUCCAAAGUUUCUCCCUCUGUCUCGCCCAUUCCUGCCUCUGCCUUGAGCCCACAUACAGCAGUUGGAGGAGGAAGUCCUGAGGUGUCCAUGCUGCUGCCUGCUCAGGAGCUUCUGUCACAGGCUGGUGGUGAGAGACGAUCUGCUGGUUCUGAAGCGUCUGCUCACAGAUUUGGAGGAGAAACCAGUGAUGGCAAAACACAGAUGGAAAAGCAGAGAGAGCGAGAAGGGUGGUUUUCCUUGUCUGCUCAUGUGAGAUGACAAGAAGAGGACUUAUGAUUCACCCUGAGAAAUCUGAGGACAUUUAUUUAAACCACAUUUUUUAG